UAAAUAUUAUAUUUCACUCACUUCAACAUCAGAGACAGUGACACUGACAGAGGAAGACUCCCUCGUUGACUUGGAUUGAAGACCUGACUUCAAAUAUUAUUAUAAAAAAAUUAUAUUUUUGACCUCACAUGUUUGUUUAUUUUAUUAAUAACUUGGGAUUAAGUAUUAAAUUACUGUAAUAAACACAUUUUAUAAAGACUGUAAGUACAUUGUUUAAUGAAAACAGGGGCUUAACUAACCUAUUUUAAUAGCUCGAGGGCUCAUCUGCUAUUUUUUCAAGAAAACGAGGGGUAAAAACACAAUAAAUCAAGAAAUUGGGACCUCUCCUGUACAACUAUUAAAUUCCUAUAUGCAUGACAACUGACGGUGACUUCUCCAUAAUGAAGAAAACACAACUGCACUAAUCCUUAAUUAUCCAGAAAUUAAUCAUGGGUUUUAAGACAUAAUCAAGAACUAACACCCCAGCUAACAACAACUAGUUGUAAGAGUUCUCACACCUAUAAAUCUCACCCAAAAUUUCAAACAAUUAUAACAGCAUCAAAGAAAAGAAAAAAAAAAAAAAAAAUUUAAAGAUGAAACUCACCUCAAACUCGAAUAAUUCCAUGCUGUUCUUUCUGAUCUUCUUAUUCUCCAUCUCAGAGAAUGCACUUGUAUCCAAGUCGACAAAUCUCCGACAACGCUGCCUCCAUGACCAGAGAAGAGCUCUCAUCAAACUCCAACAAGACAUCCUCAACAACAACGCUUCCUCCAUCACUUUCGACGACAAUUCGUACCCGAAGGUCGAGAAUUGGGACGAGAAAGUAGACUGCUGUUCGUGGGAAGGCGUGCAUUGCGAUAAUUACGGCCACGUCGUUAGCCUAAACCUCAGCUACAGCCAAAUCUCGGGCAGAAUCGAAGCCGUGUUCGAUCUAAUCCAUCUCCAAAAUCUCAGCCUCGCUCGAAACAACUUCCAGCUGAGUCCGAUCCCUUCCGGUUUUGAGAAGCUCGCGAAUUUGACGCACCUCAAUCUUUCCUACUCUUGCUUCUCCGACCAAAUUCCGCCGGGAAUUUCUCGUUUGGAGAAACUAGUGUCGCUCGAUCUCUCCACGAUUUCUUUUUGCGAGCUGCCUCCGACUUUCAAUGAUCCGGACUCCAACCAUGUCUUCCAUUUCGAAGAGCUGCAUAGACUGAGGCUCGAAAAACCGAAUCUUGAUUCGUUUUUUCGGGAUUUGAGAAAUCUGACGGAGGUCUAUCUUGAUUAUGUGGAUCUUUCUGCCCAAGGGACAACCUGGUCUCGAGCCCUAUCGGGACUUCACAACCUUAAAGUCCUCAGUUUGCCUCACUGUCGGCUCUCCGGUCCUAUUGAUACCUCGUUCAAGAAUCUGAAAUCUUUAAACUUCAUCAACCUGGAAGGCAACAAUCUCUCGUCUGAGGUGCCUCGUUUUCUACCAGGUUUUACGGAUUUGCAAGUGUUGAAUCUCGCUUCGACUCAACUUUAUGGCGACUUCCCUGGAAAUGUUUUCCUCUUACCAAAAUUACAAACCAUCGAUCUGUCGAAGAACUCGAACCUGACGGGGGAGUUGCCUGAAUUUCCCUCAAAAAGCUCGUUGCAAAUGGUUUCUCUGUACGAAACGAACUUCACAGGGAAACUGCCAGAUUCGAUCGGCAAUUUGAAGGCCAUGACGAAUUUGCUUCUUUACACAUGCAACUUCUAUGGUUCGAUCCCACGGUCACUAGCAAACCUCACUAGUGUGGCUGAAAUCGACAUUAGCUACAACAAGUUUGAAGGCACAAUCCCGGCUUUCGGAGAUUUCAGCGUGCCGAAACUUCAAGAUCUUCGGUUAUCUUUCAAUCUACUCACGGGCACAAUAGAGCCUCGUAUUUUCACACUCCCGUCUUUAAAAAUCUUGUACUUGAACGACAACCGUUUAAGUGGGGUCGUUGGGGAAUUUUCAGCCUCCUCUUCGGUUUUGGAGAAGGUUUACUUGAACGGCAACAAUCUGAGUGGGGGUAUACCGAGAUCGAUCUCCGAGAUCCCGAGCCUCAGCUUCGUUUCGCUAGCUGCCAACGAAUUCACCGGCUCGAUGCAGAUGGAUGCUUUCCAAAACCUCGAAAACUUAACGAGCCUCGAUCUUUCUUUCAACAGCUUAACCAUCGGAGCCGACAAACAGGAUUUGGUGUUUCCAAUGCUGGAGGAGCUGAAAUUGAGCAGGUGCAACCUGACAGAGUUCCCUGCUUUUCUCAAGAACCUAGAACAGCUUAGGACAUUGAAUCUUUCGAACAAUCAAAUUCGAGGACCUGUUCCUAAGUGGCUGUGGACUAGCUCUUUGAAUGAGCUGGAUCUUUCAGAAAACGAGGUAGAUUUUCCUAAUGGUCACGAAGAAAACGGCACGUUUUCUCCUUUGGGAAAAUUGACGAUGCGUUCUUGCAACGUUUUCGAAUUCCCGGAGUUUCUGAAAGUGACGGACAGCCUCUGGUACCUUGACCUUUCAGGCAACAAAAUAGAGGGCAAAGUACCGAGCUGGAUUUGGAAGAGCAGUCUCCAAUACGUGAACAUUUCCCACAAUAGUCUCGAUUCGAUGGAAGAAUUCUAUCCUAAUAUCACACUGGAUCUGCUGGCAACUCUCGAUAUUCGAGGAAAUUCACUUCGGGGAUCGCUUCCAAAAGGGAUUUGCAAACUGAGCAGCCUUUCGAUUCUGGAUGCUUCUCAUAAUAAACUCAACGGAUCAAUUCCAGAAUGUCUAGGCAUGAUGGUUUCUCUCUCCGUGUUGAAUUUGCAGCGGAACAAGUAUACACGAAUCCCUUCAAAUUUUGCACCAGCAAGCAAACUGAGGUCUUUAAACAUCAACGGCAAUCUCUUGGAAGGAAAUCUUCCGAGGUCAAUAGCAAACUGUAAAAUGCUCGAGGUGUUGGAUCUCGGAAACAACAUGAUCACAGACACGUUUCCCUUCUGGAUGGAUAAACUACCCGACCUGAAAGUUCUUGUCUUGAAGAACAACAAAUUCUACGGGCAAAUACAACUUCCGGCUACAAGAAACUUUUCUCUUCCAAAGCUGGGAAUAAUCGACCUCUCGUCGAACAACUUUACCGGAGAUUUGCCUCGGGAGUUUCUGGAAAGUUUGGACGAAAUGUUAAUGAACAGAAAAAGCAAGUCUGCAGCAUUUAAAACAAUUGGGCAAUACGAGUACUAUCAAGAUUCAGUGACGAUUAUGAGCAAAGGAUACGAAAUGGUCCUCGUGAGAAUACUUACAAUUUUCGUCUCUCUUGAUCUCUCCAACAACAGGUUUGUUGGAAAAAUCCCUGAAGAAAUCGGAGAGCUCAAAUCGUUGGUUGUGCUCAAUUUGUCGAGAAACGGGUUCGAAGGGAGAAUCCAACCUUCGUUGGGGGAUUUGGUGGAGCUGGAAUCGUUAGACCUCUCGCAGAAUAAACUAUCCGGGAAUAUUCCUCAGCAGCUUACAGGGCUUACUUUCAUGUCGGCUUUUAAUAUUUCUUACAACAAUCUGACAGGGAGUGUGCCUCGGGGAAACCAGUUCGAGACGUACACGAACGAUUCGUAUAUUGGCAACGUUGGAUUGUGUGGCCAGCCAUUGUCGAAGAAAUGCACAUCUGAUGAUCCAGCGACACAACCUCCAUUACUAUCGGACAGUGGUAGUUCGGAAAACGUGAGCUUAUUCGACUGGAGAUUUGCAGUAUCUGGAUACGGAUGCGGAGUAGUUGUCGGAUCUGCACUCGGCUAUACAUUUUUGCCGAAUUUUCAAUAUGGCAGAGGGCGCGUGAAGAUUGGAAGAUGGGGUAGAAGAUGAGAAAUAUCAUUGUGUCGAAAAUCCGAACCUUUUCUAGAGCCUGCAGCUAGCUGAUAAGUAAGAAAACAGAUUUAUCCUCAGUAGCAGUUAUUUCAAUAUAUUAAGCAAUAAUCCCUUAUAAAAUGGCUAUAUAUCUUCAAUG